UUGUAUUGAUCAUUAAUGAACUCUUUACAGAUUGUAGCUCUAAUCAUGCUUGUAUCCUGUGUGAGUGCAGGAUACAUAGGAUAUGUUGGAGGACAUGAAGAACAUCCGAUCUACGCAGCACCUGCAGUUAAAGUUGAAACGGAUUAUUACGCACAUCCAAAAUACGAAUUUAAAUAUGGUGUGUCCGACUUCCACACAGGCGACUACAAAACCCAGGAAGAGACUCGAGAUGGGGAUGUUGUGAAGGGUUCUUAUACUGUGGCUGAACCAGAUGGUACCUUGAGAAUCGUGCAUUAUUCCGCUGAUCCUCAUAACGGAUUUAAUGCGAUCGUUACUAAGGCCGGCAAAUCCAUUCAUCCUGAUAAUUAUGCCAGCCACGAAUCCCACUACUUGCAGCAUUACAUGUUCUCUAAAAUUCUUGCCAUUGCUACUUUGGUGGCUGUUGCCCAGUCUGGAUACGUUGACUAUUCCGGAGGUCAUGCAUCCUCCUACGCAUCUGUAGCCGCCCCCGUUGUUGCCGCUUACGCAGCCGCCCCUGCAUACUCCCACGGAUACCCAUCAGCCCACGAAAGCCAAGACUACUACUCCCACCCCAAAUACGAAUUCAACUAUGGAGUCCAAGACCCCCAUACUGGUGACCACAAAACUCAGCACGAAGUUCGCGAUGGCGAUGUUGUAAAGGGUUCCUACACUGUGGCUGAACCCGAUGGUACCUUGAGGACUGUCCACUAUACUGCUGAUGACCACAAUGGCUUCAACGCAGUGGUGGAGAAGUCUGGACAUCCAGUCCAUCCAGCUCCAGCUCCAGCCAAGGUUAUUGUUGCCGCCCCAGCUCAUUAUGCCGCCCCAGCUCAUUAUGCCGCCCCAUCUCAUUACGCCGCCCCAGCUCACUACGCCGCCCCAGCUCACUACGCUGCCCCAGCUUAUUACCACCAUUAAAUCCAAAGAUCUAGAAAAUGAUGAUAAUUGCGAUGUGAAGUACCGAACGAUGGAGAUGUGUGAAUUAUUUAUUAUUUUUGUGUAUAUACCAGAAGCAAUUAAUAUAUUUUUGCAGUAUCUGCAUUAAGUAUC